AUGUAUUCAGAAGAAGAUGCAAUUGUGGCACCAACCAAUAAUAUUUCACCAACGGGAGGGUCACCAUCAAUUAAAAAGGAUCCAACUCAUAUCCCUACAUCACAAAAUGACUUGAAUAUAAAUGAAUCGCAACCAUUGCUCCAACAAUACCAGCAACAACAGCAACAUCCAUAUCAAGCCUAUGGUUCCAGUAUACCACCGGGUGUACAUUUCGUGGACGAUGGAUCCAAUCUAAAGAAUGAAACACCAUUGUCAAUGUUACUCUUUACACUUGGUUUCUUUUUAAUCGUACCAUGGGCAGUUCAAGUCUACCUCUUUAUCAAUUCUCAAACUACAUCUAUUAGAAGAUUGUCCAAAGCUUCCCUCGUACUCUUAUUCUUUUGGCCUUUAUUCAUCAUCACUGCCAAUCUAUUAAUCUUUUUCGUUGCUUCAACUAAAUCAAAUUCAAUGAAUAGCAAUUAA